AUGUAUAAAUCUGAUUGGCAACCAAGCAGUUGGCUUGCAUUGGUUAUCGCGAGUAUUCCGUGUUUUAAAUGGGAAAAUGUUCAACCUGAUUAUGUGAAAAACAGAAUGCCUGAUCUUAUACAACGACUCCAGGAAAUUGCUAGUGGAAACCUACCGAGAACAAGAGGAGUAGUAUCAAGAAACUACAGAUCAGACCCAAAGCCUCAAAUGGGCCGUUCGAUUCAACCGUCUACUUCGACUUUAGGCGCAAUGGCUCAAACUAGACCAGAAUUGAUGAGUCAGCAAGCUAAAAAUUCAGUUUUUUCGACUCCGAUUCGAAAAAUUCGAAACUUUUUCUCUCGACAGCCAAAAAAAGACACCUAA